ACUCCUCCCUGAGCUGAAGGCUGCGGCGACGCAAAUAAACAGCAUAGUUCCUGCUCUCCAUGAACCUGGCGCUGCAAAUGUGGGCAAACCACACCAAGAGACGCCAGCAACCGAAAUAUAGGGAGAAAAAAAAAGGUGCCCUGGACACCAGGCUAGAUCUCUCCUGCAGGCUCGAGGACUGCCCGGAGGGGGCGGCGUUUUCUCGGGGCCUGGGAAGAAUGAGCGGGUUUCAGCGGGCGUCUUUUGGGUGACUGCCCGUCUCGGCUUCCCCUGACCCCGUAACAGAGCGGAAGAGGCCCAGAGACGCCAGAGGAGGGGCAUCAGCGGACACUCAGGCCGAGAAGCUCUGACUCCGGGUGUCUGCAAAAAUGACCGGAUGCAAGAAUGUCGCCUAGAACCAGCCAGCUUUCCGACCUCUCAGGUCAUGGGCUCACUCCAAAGAAACGAAGGGAGAGUGACAGAAAUAAAAACAACGAAAGCCGGGUUGAAGCCUCUAGGUUGACAUCAUGGACAUAUGUGAGUCCAUCCUGGAGAGGAAGCGGCAUGACAGCGAAAGGUCUACGUGCAGCAUCUUGGAGCAGACAGACAUGGAAGCUGUUGAGGCUCUUGUUUGUAUGAGCUCCUGGGGUCAAAGAUCCCAGAAAGGUGACCUGUUGCGGAUAAGACCUCUCACGCCUGUCUCUGAUUCUGGGGAUGUCACCACCACUGUGCAUAUGGAUGCAGCCACACCUGAACUACCAAAAGACUUCCAUUCUUUAUCAACUCUGUGCAUAACGCCUCCUCAGAGCCCUGAUCUCAUGGAGCCAUCGACAAGGACACCUGUUUCUCCCCAAGUAACAGAUUCCAAAGCAUGCACAGCCACAGACGUCCUCCAGUCCUCUGCCAUAGCGGCCACAGCGCUGAGCCGGGGCGCCGAGAGGGACUUGCUGGGUUUGGAGGCAGUGCCCAGCUCUCCCUGCAGGGCCAUGGGGACCAGUGUGAUCCGACACACUGGGGAGAGCCCUGCUGCCUGCUUUCCCACCAGCCAGACUCCAGAUUGCCGGCUUCCUGACAGCAGAGAAGGAGAAGAGCAGUUUCUGGGACACUUUGAAACUCUACAGGACACACACCUCACAGACACUUUACUCAACACUAACUUGGUGUCCUGUCAGCCCUGCUUGCACAAGUCUGGUGGCCUGCUCCUCACUGACAAAGGCCAGCAGGCAGGGUGGCCUGUUGCAGUUCAGACUUGCUCACCAAAGAAUUAUGAAAAUGACCUGCCCAGGAAAACCACUCCUCUGAUUUCUGUCUCUGUCCCUGCUCCCCCUGUCCUUUGCCAGAUGAUCCCCGUGACUGGACAAAGUGGCAUGUUACCAGCUUUUUUGAAGCCCCCUCCCCAGUUGUCUGUGGGGACUGUGAGACCCAUCCUAGCUCAGGCUGCUCCAGCGCCUCAACCUGUGUUCAUGGGACCUCCGGUGCCUCAGGGAGCUGUGAUGUUGGUCCUGCCCCAGGGAACCCUCCCUCCGCCUGCCCCCUGUGCAGCCAGUGUCAUGGCUGCCGGGAAUACCAAGUUGUUGCCCCUCGCCCCUGCUCCAGUGUUCAUCGCCUCUAGCCAAAACUGUGUCCCUCAGGUAGACUUCUCCCGAAGGAGGAACUAUGUUUGCAGCUUCCCAGGUUGCCGGAAGACCUACUUCAAAAGUUCCCACCUUAAGGCCCAUCUUCGCACUCACACAGGGGAGAAGCCUUUCCACUGCAGCUGGGAUGGCUGUGAUAAAAAGUUUGCUCGUUCGGAUGAGCUAUCUCGCCACCGCAGAACUCACACAGGGGAGAAGAAGUUUGUGUGCCCGGUGUGUGACCGACGUUUCAUGCGCAGUGACCACCUGACGAAGCAUGCCCGGCGCCACAUGACGACCAAGAAGAUCCCAGGCUGGCAGGCAGAGGUUGGCAAGCUGAACAGAAUCGCCUCUGCAGAGAGCCCAGGGAGCCCACUGUUCACCAUGCCAGCCUCUGCCUGAAAGGUCCCCUGGGAUAUCACUCAUGGGGUUUUUAAAAACCUUCUUUUCAGGAAUUUCUCUCCCACUGCCUCACCCCCAAAAAAAAAUGGUCUUGGGGAACUAGGGGAAGAUCGGGGAGCUGGUUUUGAUGAAAGUAUGUUAACUUUCCUUUCCACUUGGGACCCUGUUCAGUAUCUUUUGUAGUUUCAGAAGAUUUUUUGUUUUGUUUUUUUAAAGAAAUGGUAGAAAAUUUGAUAAUCUAAAUCACCAGCAUUCAAACAAAUAUUUCGGCAAUAAAGUUUACAAAAUGGAUUUUUACGACCUUUCUAUUGAUGUUUUGUAGAAAUAAGACAGGGUACUAAUUUUUAUACUGUUUUUUAUAAAAAUAUUUAUAUUGUUGGUGCUCAAAUCACCAAUUUCUAGCUAGAUCAUUUUGCAACCUUCUUUUCAGCAUUUAAUAACAAAGUUUUUAAAAAUGACCCAUCUUUUAGUAAACUUGACAUGUUAUUCCACCAAAAAAAAUCACAAGUUAUCUGGCCUUUGAGAUCUUUUUGGAAUUGGACCUGGUUGAAUAAGGACCUCAUAAAAGGGAAAAAUAAAUUUUGCAGUCAGCUUCUUCAUAACAUUGUCAAGGAAAUUCUAGGCAAUCAUUCCUGUCACCCAAGAACUAGAAUUUUGGUUGACUGGAACUAGUGAGCUGUGUCCCUGGUGUGUCAUGAAGGAUGGACCCCAGCAAGUAACGUGAGCCACUGGGCAGAUCCCAGGGACCAGUACUUGCUGCAGGAUCUAGUCUGUGUGUAAUAGUCUUGGCCAUGGCUCUGCUGAAAGCAAGCCAUUCAGUUUCUUGUUUGUACCUAAAACACCAAAAAAGAUAAACACUGAAAUCCAGCCGCUUUGUCCAUGGUCAGUUGACUCCUUUUGCUGUGGCUGCAUCCAUACUGCAUUGUGGGUAGAGUAACUUCCCAGAAAAAAAGGAAAUGUCUGCAGUGGUUGGAUGAACUUUCUGCCAGAGUACAGCUUAGCUGAGGUGAGAUUCAUGUGCAGGCAGGCAGUGCCAAGAUUCUGCUGCUUUUGUUUGCCAAAUACUAGAAAUGCAAGGAAAUGCAAGUUACGCUAAAUGGCGGUAAUACUAGCCAACUGCGUUUCUGUUCAUUUUGUUUGAAGGAAACUUUUUUGACCAAACAGAAUAUUACUUGGUGGUGUGUUUUACAGUCUACCUAGAAAAUGGACGUUUUUCAACUGUGUGAGCACGUCAUAGAUAAACGAGAGAAUGUGGCCGCCUGUGUUCAAGAAGCCACUGACACUGGUUUUUGUUAAACAUUGGAAGUUCAGGCAAUGGAAUAAAUGUAGGAACAUACAGAACAUUGCACUAAUUUAAUUUGGUGGCCUGGGAAUUUUUUUUAUUGUGCAGUAUGUAUUUAAAUUUUGUCUGUGUUAAUUAUUGGCAUUUACCUUUAUUAAAAUGAUGGUAAGGUGGAAUAUUGAGUAAAAUUAGGUUUUGUGUUUUAUUUUUUGUAGUCUGAUAAAAUCUCCACCUGGUCAUUCAUUGUAUGUUACUUGAUACCCAUUAACUUGCCCCUUAGUAUCAGCUGUUACUUGGCACACAUGUGUUUUUCAGAGGUUUUCAGUUUGGACACUCCAUAGGUGAGUGUCCUGUCAUCGUGAGACAGUGCAGUUGCUGUCUUAUGUUGUGCAUAGUUCGUGUUUCCUCACCACCCAGUCCUUUCUCCUGCUCAUCAAAAUAAGCAUAAACAUUUUUGUACACUAUAAAUGGCAUCAAAUUUGGAUAUUUUUCUUAAUUAUGACAUGCAAGGUAGUGUUAGUCCUGCUAGUAUUCUGGUGGAUAAGGUCUUUUGAGUAUUUGGUUGCUUGUCACAGAACAUUCUCCAAGUAGUACUAUUUCUAAAGAAGAGAUACAGGUUGAAAAUGGUUUUAAUUUACACUUCCAUUUCCUGAUUACAUUUGGAAAUACUUUGUGUAAACCAUCCCCCUUCCACCUCCAUUUGUCUGUUGAAAGAUUUUAAGUUGGAAACAGUUCCUGUCUGAAAACUAUUCUGAGAACCACAAACCUUGUGUGUGGAUUCAGCAUGGAGCCCUUCAGCUGGCGGCUGUGGGUGCUGAUGGCCGCUGGAGAGGCGGGCUCCCCUCGUGCACUUUAUUGCCUGGGCAGUUUUGCUUGAUCUUUUGUGACUUUGAGCCUUUUAAGUAGUUUGAAUAAGACUUAAAAUGUUUCAUAAUUAUGUUUUAUGUAACAGACUUUGACAUUAUUUAAAUGAGUAUGUAAUGUAACUUUUUUCUUUGAAUCAUAUAAAACUUGAUUUUAAACUGGA